UUGUUUCGCGCUUCUUCGCUUGCACAUCGCAUAUGUCUGACGCUACCGGCUACCAUCCAGCAAAAGCAUAUCUCCCCUGCCCCCGCAUACCAUCCACGUUCAUUCUCUUUUAUCUCUCUUCCUCCCUGAGGCCAUCCCUCAGUUUCGACCCGAAAGCCUACUUUUUUAAUCUCUCUCUUUCGCUUUUCCCAUUGUUCUAUGGAAUCAUCUCGUCCGUCUUCUAGCCCACGCCGAUCUCCUUUCCGCUACUUCCAGUGUUCCUGUUUCAGACGGUGUUGUCGUUGUUUCUGCUAUUUCUACUCCUACCCCUAAGCUAGUUUUCCUAACAAGAAGUUCUACCUCUCAUUUCUUAUCUCAAGGACGUGCAAGUCAGGAAAUAUGGAUUUGUCGGGUGCUCAGUCGGGCCUUUCUCUGGGCUUAAACUCUCAGAUUUCGUCACCGGCUUUGGCGGGCCAUGUCAAUGAUGAUUUAGCUUCCUUUCGACAGAAUUCGAGCUUUCGUAGUUCCUCCAACACAACCCCUCUUGUGCCGUUGCAGUUGCUCGAGGAAAAAGACGACAAGGUUAGGGUCAAAUCCAGUGAAGAAACAGAGGAUGAGGAGGAAGAAGAAGAGGAAGGAGCAGUGGAAGAUGAAGCGAUCGACUUUAUGGGUCGGCCUGUGUGUGUGAAGAGGAAAUUAGAGGGACAGCCGAAUUUCUCUUCGAAUCUUCCGAAGCGGCUUGCUGUCGAUUCCGGGCUGGACGCGAGGCGAGCUUCAGUGCAGGCUUUCGCGAAUCAGCCAAUGGAGGUAGCUGACCCCGAAAUUCAUGAAAUAAUGGGGAAGGAAAAGCGGAGACAGUUCACAGGGAUAGAAUUGAUUGCUUCUGAGAAUUUUGUAUGCAGAGCUGUCAUGGAAGCUCUGGGAAGUCAUUUGACGAACAAGUACUCUGAAGGAAUGCCUGGAGCCAAAUACUACACAGGAAAUCAGUUCAUUGAUCAGAUGGAAUUGCUUUGCUGUAAGCGUGCAUUGGCUGCCUUUGAUCUCCAUCCAAGCAAGUGGGGCGUGAACGUUCAGCCUUACUCAUGUACUUCUGCCAACUUUGCGGUGUACACUGGUAUAUUGCAUCCAGGGGAUCGAAUUAUGGGUUUGGAUCUGCCAUCUGGUGGGCAUCUGAGUCAUGGAUAUUAUACCCACAGUGGAAAAAAGAUUUCUGUGGCAUCGAUAUUCUUUGAAACUCUUCCCUACAAAGUCAAUCCUCUAACAGGCUACUUAGACUAUGACAAGCUUGAAGAAAAAGCCUGCGAUUAUCGCCCCAAACUACUUAUAUGCGGAGGCAGUUCGUAUCCUAGAGAAUGGGAUUAUGCAAGGUUUAGGAAGAUUGCUGAUAAGUGUGGGGCUGUUUUGAUGUGUGACAUGGCUCAUAUUAGCGGGCUUGUGGCAGCUAAGGAAGUUGCUAGCCCAUUUGAUUACUGUGAUAUUGUUACUUCAACAACCCACAAAAGUCUCCGAGGUCCAAGGGGAGGUAUCAUCUUUUAUAGGAAAGGUCCAAAACCUAGGAAGCAAGGCCUGGCUCUUAAUCAUGGGGAUGAUGGUAAUUAUGACUUGGAGGAAAAGAUAAACUUCGCUUUAUAUCCAUCCUUACAAGGAGGCCCACACAAUAAUCACAUUGCUGCUCUUGCCAUAGCCUUAAAACAAGUUGCAACUCCAGAGUACAAAGUAUACAUGCAACAGGUGAAGAAAAAUGCGCAGGCGUUAGCAUCUGCUUUGCUGAAAAGAAAAUGCAGACUGGUAACUGAUGGCACUGACAAUCACUUGUUGCUCUGGGACCUAACUGCACUCGGCUUACUUGAUAGAAACUAUGAGAAGGUCUGUGAGGCUUGUCAUAUCACACUCAACAAAUGUGCCAUUUAUGGUUCUAUUUCACCUGGAGGAGUGAGAAUCGGUACUCCUGCAAUGACAUCAAGAGGUUGCUUAGAGGAUGAUUUUGAGAUCAUAGCUGAUUUUCUUCUGAAGGCAGCACAGAUUACGAGCAAUAUACAGAAGGAAUAUGGAAAAUCUUGUAAAGAUUUCCUCAAAGGUCUUCAAAAUAAUAAAGAUAUUGUUGAGCUCAGAAAUCAGGUUGAGGCAUUUGCUUCCGAGCUUCCGAUGCCAGCAUUUGAUAUUUGAUUCAACCAUUUAAGUAGGCAGCCUCCACAUUUGGCAUGGUGACCAAUCCACUCGGUUUCGCUCUUCUGCUUACUCUGACCUUUGCAAAGGAAGCUCCCUAGGAUCAUAUACACAAACGGGGCACAGAUUAGUUUGCCUCGGCAUACAUCAUUAUGUCGUAACAGUUUAUCGGGGUUCAUGUACUGUACAAAAUAUUCCCUUUCCACUAAUUUUAUGGAUACCCUUUGCUUGUUUAUGGAAGAAACGACUGUAAUUUCAGGAACUCGUUCAGGAGAGGUCUUUUGAGUGCACCUUGUUCUGGGGACUACAUACUGUUGAAUUCUCGGAUUGAUGUCGCGCGAACUAUUCUGGGGACUAGGCGUUGUUCUUGGUUUCUUUAA